AUGUCUUUCCAAGGUGGCAUCCCUGGCCUCGGCCUGCUGAGCUCCGAGCAGCAGCAGCCUGCCGCUCCCUCGCCCUCGAUCAAGCCGGACGACCAUGCGCAACCGCCUCAGACCAGCGACCCGACGCCCGCAGUCGCCCCCGCAGGCACGUCGGACGAGAAGCCUGCUGUCGACACCGCCGCCGACCAUACCUCCAGCGUUCAGAAUCUGGGCCAGAAGCUCGAAGAGAGCUCCCUGCAGGCCACCGACCCCACCAAGCAAGAAUCGCUCCUCCUAGAAAAGACCGACCAAACCCAGGCCGAGCCCAACGCGCAGGAGGGUACGACCGUGAAGGAGGAUCAGGAUGGAGACACUUCGAUGGCUGAGAAUGCCGGCCCUUCGGCGAACGCUCCUGGCGACGACGGCAUGAUCGAGCGGAAGCCAAAGGCAGAUCCCGAGUUUUUGCAGGCCGCCGAGGCGAACAAGAGCAACCCGAAUGCCGAAUGGCAGUUUGACUCCUCUGACGCCGAGUCUUCCGACUCGGAUACUUCCAGUGACACGUCCUCUGAGGAGGAAAGCGACGAUGACGAGUACCCGAUGCUCGACGCCGCCGAAGCGGCCCGCAUACUGAUGCAGGAGGAAUACGGCGACGACGAGGGCGGCAAGGGUCCGGGAGCGCAGCUUCGCACCGCGAACGAGGUCGUCGAAGAGAAGAUUGAGAAACCGGAUGUCACCGUCACUCCGGAAAUGAAGAUUACCGAGCUCGGCAAUGUCGAGAGCAUAGUCGACAACAUGAUCCUCAUCAAGGCGAACACGUCGGGAGAAUACCAGGUUCUCGAGAGCGGCUCGGUGCUGUGCAAAUACGACCGGUCCGUCAUCGGCGCCGUGGCCGACACCCUUGGCCGAGUGCAGGAGCCCCUCUACACGGUCGCUUUCAACAACGGCGAGGAGAUCAGCGAGGCCGGCCUUGUCAAGGGCCUGACCAUCUACUAUGUCGACAGCCACUCCACCUACGUCUUCACGCAGCCUCUGAAGAACUUGAAGGGCACGGAUGCGUCCAACCAGUUCGACGAGGAGGUUGGCGAGAAUGAGAUUGAGUUCUCUGAUGACGAGGCCGAGGCCGAGUACAAGCGCCAGCAGAAGCAGAAGAAGCGUGCAGCGCACGAAGAGAAACACGGGCCCCGUGUCGGCGGAAAGGCCGGUCAACAGCCGCCGCAGCAUCAGCCACCGUACACGGGCGCCUUGAGCUACGAUGACGAUGGAACGGACAUGUACAUUCCUAUGAAGCGGCCGGACAAUCUCCACCACCAGAUGAUGGACCAGGGUGGUGCGCCGGUCGAGGGACAGCCGGGUUCGUACAAACCUCACCGUGGACGCGGCAAACGCGGUGACCGCGGCGGGCGUGGUGGUGGACGCAGCGGGCGUGGAGGAGGCGGAUUCCAAGGCUCCUCCAGCCACCAGCAAACCCAGCAGGACCCGCCACAGACGCAAGCAGCGCCACCCCAGCAAGCAUUUUCUUUCGUUCCACCUCCACCGCCCCAGUCGAAUCCGUCCUAUCCUCAGCAAUCCUCUUCGCCUUUCCAGUUCAACAGUCCUCAAGCGUACGCAUGGCCUCAGAGCAGCGCCACACCCUUCACAUUCGGCCAGAACACCUCGCAAGCGCCUCCCAACUUCCCCGCCGGUGCCUUUGUGAAUCCGGCUUUUUUCCAAGGACAACAACAACAACAGCAGCAGCAGCAGCAGCCAUAUGCUACACAGGCGCCGUACCAGCCUCCCCAGCAGGCUGCGUAUGCUCCUCAGUGGACCCAUCAGCAAGCUGCCGAUGCCUGGCGCAUGGUCCAAGCGAUGGCAGCGGCUCAGGCAGGCGGCCAAGGCCACAACCAGAAUCAGAAUCAGAGCCAAAAUCAACAAGGUGCAGCCAACAGCGCCGCUGCCAUUCAAGAGAUUCUGAGGAAUCUCGGCAACCAAAACAACGGUGCUGGACAGCCUUAG